AUGGCGCCAGAGACGAAGACUACCAAGAAGGACCCCCGAGCCUGGGAUGCCUUGACACCACCAUUGGCCGAAUGGAUCCUUGAUGCUGUCUCGAGUAUGGGCUUUGCCCGAUCUACUCCCGUUCAAGCCAGCGUAUGGCCAUUAUUCGGAGGUGGAAAUAAAGAUGUUGUCGUGGAGGCCGUAACAGGAAGCGGAAAGACCCUUGCUUUUCUUCUCCCUCUUAUUCACAAGAUCCUGCGACUAGAAGAGCCCACCAAACGACACCAUGUAGCCGCCAUCGUUGUCGCUCCGACGAAAGAACUAGCCGGUCAGAUUUUUGGCGCACUUAAUUCUUUAAUCGCAUUUCACCCAACCUCUGCAGAGUUACUUCCCUACCUAGACGGCGACGAGAAGCGACCCGAGACCACCGGACCCGUCAUCGUCCCGCAGCUCCUCUCCGGCGGUAGCACGACAACUCCUGCUCAGGAUCUUAGCUUCUUCCUACGCAUGUCACCAAACGUUCUUGUAUCCACACCCGGACGGCUAGUCGAAAUCCUCUCUUCGCGACAUGUGCACUGUCCACAAUCAUCGUUCGAGGUCUUGAUUUUAGACGAGGCGGACAGACUUCUGGAUUUGGGUUUCAAGCCAGACUUACAGAAAAUCCUUUUGCGCCUACCAAAACAGAGGAGAACCGGACUCUUCAGCGCCAGUGUUAGCGAAGCCGUCGGCGAGAUUAUCAGAGUGGGAUUGAGGAAUCCAGUAAAAAUUGUGGUCAAGGUGAAGAGCUUGAAGACUGGUGGAAUUAUAGAAGAAAGAAGGACACCAGCGAGUCUGCAAAUGAGCUAUCUAACCACUCCUGCCAGCUACAAGUUACCGAGUCUCGCGCAGCUUCUCGAAAGAAUGGACCCGAGGCCACAAAAGAGUAUCAUUUUCCUUUCUACUUGCGCCGCCGUCGAUUACUUUGCCCACAUUCUUCCCGUUCUCGUUCCGGAAGGUUAUGACUUGGUCCCAUUGCAUGGAAAAUAUGAUGCCAAAGUCAGGGAGAAGAAUUUUACCAAAUUCCUUAACUCGGCACAACCCUCCGUCCUACUUACUACGGACGUAGCAGCAAGAGGGUUGGAUUUCCCGCAGGUGGAUCUCGUAGUACAGAUCGACCCACCAUCAGACCCCAAGUCCUUUUUGCAUCGUUGCGGCCGGGCGGGUCGUGCCGGCCGAAGAGGUCUCAGUGUCAUUUUCCUUCAACCUACGGAGGAAGACUACAUUCCAUUUCUGGACGUUCGCAAAACACCUAUUACCCCGCUCACCCACCCAGAGGUUGCAGUCAGUGAUGUCGAUGCGACCGAUGCUGCCGCGCGCAUUCGCGAUACCGUCAAAACCGACCGCGCCCUGCACGACAAGGCCCAAAAGGCAUUUGUCAGCUGGGUUCGCAGUUACAGCAAGCACACCGCCAGCUCCAUCUUCCGCGUCUCGGACCUGGACUGGACCGACCUCGGCCACGCCUGGGGUCUUCUCCGCCUGCCCAAGAUGCCCGAGCUGAAGAAGUUCGGCGGGGACAAGUUCCUGGGCGUGGAGCUAGACUGGGACGCGUACGCGUACGCGAAGAAGGACCGCGAGAAGCAGCGCCUCGUCGCGCUGCGCGAGUACCAGCAGGAGAGCGCCCGCGCGGAGCGCGGCAGGGAAGGCGAGGACCGCGAGGCCAAGCGCAAGCGCAACACCGAGGCCUGGAGCGACAAGCACGACAAGGAGGACGUGCGCGCCGCCCGCCGCGACAAGAAGAAAAGGAAGCGCGAGGCCGAGAGGAAACAGGGGUUGAACGAGGAGGACAAGGUGAAGGAGAUGGAUCUAGAGCGCUUGCUUGCCGAGGUGAGGAGGAAGAAUUUGGAAAAGUUUGCUGCUGCUGCUGUUGCUGCUGAGGCGGCUAAAGGGAAGGAUUGA